AUGGAGGUUCGCAGGGGCGUGGAUGAUGUUUGCGAGCUUGAGAGCUUCCCAAAUAGUAGCUUUUUGUCACGAUUGGUGAACUAUCAGCCACUCACACACGCACACUUGAAGGUCAAGUCUUACCCGCUCGAUCAGAUCAAGAGCCAGAGGGUUCAGGAGUCAUUGGUAGUGCGAGACUUGUUAUUCGUGCUGGUAGGACUCGAGGGCGUGUACAUUCGGUACAAUAACAGCUAUGAGCCCCAGACAGGGAUGGAAGGGGAUGAGAUUCGAGGACCCGACUUCAAGAUCGCGAAGAGUAUGGACUUGUCGCUCAAGAACUUUGCGAAAUGGAUCGUAAAGCUGGGUAAAAUGUUUGUGGUCCUCACACAGUUCGGAGAACGGUACAGUGACCCCGUGUACGGGGCGGUGCUCCACCGGCUGUGCUGCGAAAUACGCGCUUUCUUGGUGCAUGAAUACAUGAGGUGCCUGGUGGACGUGGCUGAAGAAGACUUCAAGACGAACGCAGAAUUUGGGAUACGCGAGCUAGGACAGCUUCUAAGCAAAAGCUGUGUCUACAAGAUGCAGCUGCUGUAUGAAUUGGUGCAGGACGUAUCCCAGGAGAUGGCGCGCAGAGCGCUUAUGGACCGUGAUGAGGCCGACUUCCAGAACUUUAUCAAAGACCUGAAGAUGGAAAAAGAGACUACUGACCACAGCGGCCUUCUAUUUAUGACAGACUCUCGCAUUAGCGCACACGCGCGCGGAGGCGCUAUUCUGCAGAUGGUGCAGGACAAGUUGAAAGCUAAUUGGGGAGAUCAGCGUAACGUUGAGUUCCUGCAGGGGCUGCUGCGCAAAAUAUCGGCGCAGUACUGUAGCAUGCUGGAAGAGUGGCUAACAAACGGGUCUUUAGAGGAUCCUUACGACGAGUUCAUGGUGGCAGACACCGCGCGAGCUUCGCAGGGGCAGGCCCAGGUGGCUGUUACAGCACUGAACAGUGAGCGGUUGUGGGACACGAGAUACGUAAUACGCAAGGACGGGCUCCUGGAGCAGUUUAACGAAGGCGACGUGGCAUUCAAGGUGCUUAUGACGGGGAAAUCGUUGCACUUGUUCCGCACAUGUUGUGAGCUGCAGGAUUUGAAGAAUUUACUGCCCCUGGGACCCUCGCAUGGCCUGCAAGAGCUGCCACACGGUACACAGCUCACUCUGUAUGUUGACGCGCACUAUGCGCGUGCAAAUCAUUUGGUAUGGAAGCUCCUGUACGAGGGCUACAACCUCCCUCGGGUGCUGCAGGAGAUGCAGCACAACUUCCUCAUGCACAACAACCCAACGUUCUUCCGGACUUUCUUCUGCAGGUCCCUUGUGGAACUCACAAAGACGAGGCAUGAGACCGUCCAAUCGAAGCUGCGCAGGUUGUUUGAGGAUUACCAGAAGGCGCGGUGUGCCGAACGCGGUAGCCUGGUGCUACCGCUAAUGAACCUGCAGCUUGACAGGCGCAGCUUUAGCAGCACCAUCGAGCAGUUUUCCUCCGAGGCUGCAGCAGACAGGGGAAAUGUCGACCUGCUGCAGGCGCGCGACUUUGGGAAUCUCCGGGACAUGCUCCUCCGCGACCUUGAGCUGCAAGACUCGAGUGGUGCGGGCGGCGGUCCACGCGCCGAUUCUCAGUACUCCAUUCAUUAUCUCCAGUUCGAGCUGCUGGUGCCUUUCCCGCUUAACACGGUCGUUUCCAAGACCUGCGUGAUGCAGUACCAGAUGAUGCAGCGUCACAUGCUACUGCUUCACUACUACAACGAAAUCCUGCAGAACACCUGGUUCGAAAUCAACAAGAACAAGGUGUGGAGGCACACAGGCUUCGGCCCCGACUUGGCGCGCUGGAUCCGCCGUUGUCGCGUCGUACACCACCGCAUGUCCCAGUUCAUGAAGCUGCUGCUCGAGUACACGACGCAGGACGUGGUGCACGACGGUUGGCGAACACUGGAGCCACGUGUGCAUGCAUAUGACGCGGCGGGCUUCGACCUGCAUCAGUGCCAAGCGCAGCUGGAGCAGUUUUUGGCAAACCUCGUCUCACAUUCGCUGCUCACGAGCGCGUCGCUGGUGCGCCUGCUGGUUCAGAUCACCGACAGCGUGCACAAGUUCUGCAAGUUUGUCACCUCACUGCGCAAGACCCUGUGCCUACUGGACCUACGUUUAUACACACGCUACGAGGCACAGCUGCGCGGCGAGCACUACUAUGACGAAGCCGCGGCGCUGGCGAAGCUGCGCGAAAUGCAGAACUACCUCGCGGUGGUCUCGGACCAUUUUCGCCAGCUCAGCGCGGCCUUCGCGGAGGGGGUGCGCUACUACGGUGACCACGGCUCCUCUCGUUUCGGCGUCAACCCACUCCUAGCGCUGGCAGAGCGGCUAAACGAUAUAGUCACGUGA